AUGUCGCAGUUCGAAAUGUCCGCGGUCUCUGCAGAGCUGUACGCAGAGCCGGUGUUAAAACGCGAAGAAACCGCCAUGCUCAUGUCGUCCGCCCGUCCUAAAAUACCAAAAGCCAAUAAUUUAAGCCCUUUCAAAUACCCGUUUUCGCCGACAGGGUCGGAAGGCAGUCCCACACUGCGCUCCGUGUUCGCGUCACCUAGAAACCCCAAGAUGGCCGGUACCCGCCGGGGGCACCGCAAGCUGCAGUUACCGCCGUGCCUGGACGCAGCUUUGGGGGAUGAGUGGGAGGUUGAGGAGCCGCGGCAUGGAUCUGCCGCCAAGGCUCAGCCUCUGCCGCCUAUCUACGUGUCCGGGGUGACGCUGUCUGUGCAGGAGAGGAUCUCCUUGUACUGCGAUCAGAUCCUGCGACAUUGCAAGGUUACUUGCAAGCCUUGCCCAAAUGUAUCUUCUUACUUAAUAGCCAGAAUUCACAUUGCAGAACCAUUUUCUUCCAAUAUUGCUAACAUGCAAAGAGAUUUAUUUGAUGAUUUUCUGGAACAACUUGGUCACUGUGUGCCUCUGCUAGAGAUCUACCCUAUUAAAGGACAGGAUGAUGUGACCUGUGAAAUUGCACAAGCUUUGGAAAUUGUAAGAUUCUUUUUUGAUUACCUUUGGAGAGACUGGGAUGACGAAGAAAACUGUGAAAAUUAUUCUGUCGUUAUUGAAGAAAGGAUCAAAUUGUAUGGUGACAUUCAGGAUGGAAACAUUCCUUUUCCUAUUGCCCAGCGUUUUAAGAAAACUCUUGAGAAAUACAGGAACAAGCGUUUAGAACUAAUUGAAUUUCAGAGUAAGAUAAAGGACGACCCUUCAGUUUCAGAAGCUGUUGAUUGUUGGCAUAAAUUCUAUGAAGUCCAAAUGUUAAGUGGCUUAUUGAAAAUGUGGGAAUAUUUACGGCUCAGAGCUCAUGGACCAUUUUUCCCAAGAGUUCUAAGACGUAAAAAAGGUCCAAGAAAUUCAGGAGAAGUUGUGACGCAUGUUGUGGCAAAAAUAAUGACUGCAGACAUGGUGAAAGAAUAUGCUCCAGACACACUAAUUCAGCAGCAUAAUAAUUUGGAUACUGCUUUAGAGAAUAGUUAUUGUGGGGAUACUAUAGUGAUUUUUCCUGGGGAAUAUAAGGCUGAAGCAAUGGCUAUGUUGACAGAAGACAUCACCAUUAAAGGCAUUGGGAAGAAAGAAGAAAUAAUAAUUGCUUCACUUCCUUCGAGCGAUAAUUUUGUUGUUUCCAGAGCACAAAAUAUAAAAAUCAUUCACCUCACAUUAAGACAGAAAGGGACGUUUGAUGGCAUAGUAGUUGUGGAAUCUGGCCAUCUGACUCUUCAAGAUUGUGAUCUCCAGUGUGAUGGGACUGGCGUUUGUGUUCUUACCGGAGCAGCGUUAACAAUGAAAGAUUGUGAAAUAAGUGGCUCACAGGGUGCAGGUAUUGAAAUAUACCCAGGCAGUGGCGCCAUACUUGACCGAAACAAGAUCCAUAACUGUAAUAACUUCAAAUCUACCGAUGGCUUAGCAAGCGACCAAGGAGGUGGGAUUAAGUUGAAGGUUAUUCCUGCACCAGUAGUGAAGCUGAGCAAUAACCACAUAUACAACAACAAGGGUUACGGUAUUACGAUUGUGCAGCCUAAAAGGAGAUUGGUUAACAUGCAGAAUUUUAUGAUGGAAGACGCAGCAGCUGGAGACAGGAAGGAGGAAGACAUGCUGACAGCAGCUAUAGAAAGUCUCAGCCUGGACAUGGACAGUAACAGUGUAGAAGAAAACUCUCUGGGAAAAGUUGGAACAGUCCUGACAUAGAAGCACAUAGUGGAAUGGUGGUCGGGGCAACUUUAUUUCUGCGUUUAAUAGGAGUUUAAGUUUGCGUUAAAGAGGACCUGUCACCACAAAAUGCAAUGCAAUCUGCAGGCAGAGUGUUAGAGCAGGAAAAGCCAAGCAGAUUAAGAUUUAGUUUUGUAGGAAAUUAUUCAGUAAAACCUGCAAUUUAUAUAUUUCUAUUUUGGCUUUUUUCACUGCCUAUUGGUACAGGAGGGAGGUGUUCUGCACAAUGCUGUCAGUCACCGAUAACACCUCCUCCCUGUACCAAUUUCCACAGGAUGUGGAAAAAGCGAAGGUAUAAUCUUUUCCCGCAAAACUAUCAUAACAUGCUGCCUGCAGAUUGCACUUCAUUUUUUGGUGACCAGUCCUCUUUAAAGGAGUUUCUCAUCUGAGACAUUGGUGGCAUAGCGGUAGGAUAUGCCAUCCAAGUUAAAUAGCUGCAGGUACCACCUCCAGAAUGGGAUCCCCAAAAGGAGUGCUGGCUCAGCUAUUUCUGGCAUUACGAUAAAAAUGAAUGGAGCGGUGCUGCACUUGUGCAGUACACUCUUUGUUAAUUUUGUGGGAUUUCCAAUAAUAGCCAAGCACGCACUCAAUUUCUUGGGACUCCAAUAGAAACGAAUGGAGCGCCCACAAAGAGGUGCAGGUUUCAUAUGCCAUCUAAGCCCUAGAUGAGAAUCCCUUUAAAGUGUGAUGUUGUAAGCAUUUUAACUGAUUGUUGGCCACAUGGUUCAUACCAUAGGAAAUAGUUGUUUGGCAGUUUGUUUGCAAAAGCGUCUAAAAGCUUUUUCCAUGAUGCAUUAAUUCUCAGCUUGUGUAACUUAAAGAGGUAUUACAGCAAAAUGAAAAAAAAACACCAGCAAGAUUCUAGUGCUGUAAAAAGAAAAAAACAAGAUGGUGCAGAGGGUCCUCACCAUGCUCCACUUCCUGCUGACUCAGCAUGGCAGAAAAUGGUUGGGAAGACCACUCAGCAAAUCGCUGACUAAGCAGCAUUCCCCAGCCAUUUCCUGCUGUGGAGAGCAGUCAGCAGGAAGUGGAGCACGGCAGGGACCCCCCACACCACAUGAACAUCAGGGAGGUGGUGGGUAAGCUGGUUUAUUUAUUAUCUUACAGCAAUAGGAUGUCGCUGAAAGUCAAUUUUAUUUUGCUGGAACUGGUUUUUAUUGGGACACCUGCCUUGAUGUUUGGCAGCCAUACAUUUCUAAAUUUCAUUCUUAGCUCAUGCUAUUAAUAUAAAAAAGUUCCCUGGUUGAUAGCAUUAUACAUAUACAGAACAGGUGAAACGUUGCAGACAUUAGCAUUUCACUAAGUUGCAAAAUGUGUUACAUUCACAGCAGAUUCGAUGCAGACAUUUCUGUGACUGAAAAUCAGUUGCAUUUAUCUGGAUGGGAUUAUUUUGAGGGUGAGGCCCAUUCAGAUUGGAACAGUUGCAGAUUUUGGAAGGUAUUUUAUUAGUUUAAGAGGUUAUGUUAGAAGAGCACUGUGAAAAAACAAUGCUUAAUGUGUGAAAUAUCAAUAAAAGGAAGAUACGUGCCUUCUGUGAACUGGAGAAUUGAACAGCUCUUCGUUAACUGCAGUAUAUAUUUCCAGUUUUUGGAGUUAUGUAGUGGUAGACUAAUCAGUAUACAAUCUUGCUGCAUUUACUUGGAAAUACAGAUAGGUGGGCACUCCACGUGACACUGAGGAAAUGGGGAGAGGUUCCAAAACUGAAACCAAUGCGACCACCAUGUUCCUUUUUCCCCCACAGAAUUUCUGAAAAUAAGAGGGAUAACCUUGCUUGCUAUGGGCAACUACUUUGCACCAGUUGUGAUACAUCUCCUUCAAUAUGAACACAUUUAUGUGGGUGCCGUA